UACAAUUAUUAUAACUCAAAUCUAUCCAAUGGAUUCAAAUGCCUCUACACUUAUCUUAUCUUCGCCACUAAAUUUAGAAAACCAAAAAACAAGUAGUAGUAUAUUUGAUUGGCCUUUUAUUCACAACCAAGCCAGGAAUAAUAAUACUAGCAAUGUACCCAUACAAUUUGUUUGGCCAAAAGAAGAGUCAUUUAGAGCUCAAAAAGAGCUUAUGGAGCCAGCAGUGGAUCUUGAAGGAUUCUUUAGAGGCGAUGAGGAGGCAAUAAAGGAAGCUGCAAAAAUGAUCAAAGCUGCUUGCUCAAACCAUGGUUGCUUUCAAGUUAUCAAUCAUGGAGUUGAUCUUAAUCUUAUCAAUUUGGCUCAUCAUCAUAUCAAUAAUUUUUUUAAGCUUCCAACCUGCCAAAAAAUAAGGGCUCGCAGGGCUCCAGGCAGUUUGUGGGGCUAUUCUGGCGGCCAUACUCAUCGAUACUUAUCCAAAUUGCCUUGGAAAGAGACGUUAUCUUUUGGCUACCCAUUAAACUGUUCCUACCCCGUUGUGUUGGAUUUCUUCAAAUCCAACGUAGGAAACGAUUUCCAUCAGGCAGGAGUGGUGUAUCAAAGAUACUGUGAAGAAAUGAAGGACUUGUCUCUUUCAAUAAUGGAACUGUUGGCAAUUAGCAUGGGAAUUGAUAGACUUCAUUAUAGGAAAUUCUUCGAAGAUGGCUGUUGUAUAAUGAGGUGUAAUUUUUACCCACCUUGUGAAGAGCCAGGUCUUGCUCUUGGCACUGGACGGCAUUGUGAUCCAACGUCUCUAACCAUACUUCAUCAAGAUCAUGUUCAAGGUUUACAAGUUUUUGCAAAUAAUAUGUGGCAGACUGUUCGACCUCGUCAUGAUGCCCUAGUUAUCAACAUUGGUGACACUUUCAUGGCAUUAUCAAAUGGGAUAUACAAGAGUUGUGUUCACAGGGCAGUGGUAAACAAGUACGAGGAGAGGAAAUCGCUGGCAUUCUUUCUUUGUCCAAAAGAAGACAAGGUAGUAAGACCCCAUAAAGAUCUUUUGAACAGAUCACAAGGGCAAACUAGGAAGUACCCUGAUUUCACCUGGUCUGAUUUUCUUCAUUUUACUCAAAAUUACUAUAGAGCAGAUGAUUCCACCCUCUCACACUUCACCAAUUGGCUUCUCUCUUCCAACUCUUCACCUUCAUCAUCUUCAUCAGCAGCGGAUCACUAGCAGCUUCUUUACUAAGAAUUACUCUUGCUUAGCUAUAUCAUAUGCCUGUUGGGUUUCAUUCAACUGUGGUUUUGACCUAAUUUUUAUUUGUUUUUAAAUUAUUUUAGUUUUUAGAUUUAGCUCCAUAUUUCUAGAGUUAGUUUUAUGAAAUUAUGGGAUUAUAGAUUGAAUCCUCUUUAAUUAUGAGAUUGGUCAAUAUUUGUUUGUUGAUAUUAACUGGGAGCUUUGGUUUGUCAAAUGAGAUUCUGAUUCCUGUAAUCAUAGAAUUGGUUGUUUAUCACCGGUAUUCAAACUUUAUUAA